AUGACGUUGCCAUGGAAACAGCUUCUACUGUUAUCAAUCAUCGACUAUCUGGCAGAUUGUCUGGAUAGCGGAUCGUAUCAUGGUCCAAGAUGGCGGAUGGAACCAGGUGACCUGUUCAUUCCAAUCGACUCUAUAGAUGAGGAAGCAACUCUGACCUGUGAUGCUAAAGGCAUUCCUCCGCCUCAGUACAGAUGGUCAUUGAAUGGGACGCUCAUAAAUCUGGGUCUGGAUCACCGGCGGCGUCUGUCUGGGGGCAACCUCAUUAUAAGGAGUCUGGACCAUUACCAGGAUGUAGGGAUGUACCAGUGUAUGGCCUACAACACUGUAGGAGCCAUCCUCAGCAGGAGAGCCAGUCUACAGUUUGCCUACUUGGAUCAUUUUAAAGUGCACACCAGAAGCGCAGUGUCAGUUCGAGAGGGACAAGGAGUGGUGUUGCUUUGUGGAACCCCCACAUCCUCAGGAGACCUUACUUAUGCAUGGGUCUUCAAUGAGUACCCAUACUUUGUUCAGCAAGACAAUCGGCGUUUUGUCUCUCAGGAGACAGGAAACCUGUAUAUUGCCAAGGUUGAACCCUCUGAUGUGGGUAACUACACGUGUGUGGUGAUGAACAGCAUCACAAAGGGCAAAGUUCACAGCUCACCUACAUCGCUGAUCCUGAGGACAGAUGGAGUGAUGGGUGAAUAUGAGCCGAAAAUAGAAGUUCAUUUCCCAGACAAUGUACCAGCCGCAAAAGGAUCAACAGUUACACUGGAGUGUUUUGCCCUUGGGAACCCCGUCCCGGAGAUCACCUGGAAGAGGGCCAAUGGUGUUCCUUUCCCCAGCAAAGUCAAGAUGAAGUACUCAAAUGCUGUGCUGGAGAUCCCCAGCUUCCAGCAGGACGACACGGGAGGCUACGAGUGCGUCGCUGAGAACAAGAUGGGCAAAAACACAGCCACUGGGCGACUGGCCUUUUAUGCCAAACCUCAGUGGAUCCAGACCAUGAAGGACACGGCCCUGGCCAUAGAGGAGAGGCUAAAUUGGGAGUGUCGGGCCAACGGGAAGCCGAAACCAUCCUAUACCUGGCUAAAGAAUGGCCAAGUGCUGGUCUCAGAGGACAGGAUCCGUGUAGAAGACGGAGUCCUGUCGGUGUCGGCCUUGACACUCUCUGAUGCCGGCAUGUACCAGUGUGUGGCUGAGAAUAAGCACGGUGUGAUAUAUUUUGGUGCUGAACUUAUGGUUUUAGCCUCUCCUCCAGACUUCACAGGGAACCUCCUCAGAGCUCUCCUCAAAGCCAAGGCAGGCACCACGGUCACAUUAGAGUGCAAACCCCAGGCCUAUCCCAUCGCCAGCAUAUUAUGGAAGAAAGGAAACUUGCCUAUUCACACCAAUGACAGGAUUACACUUUCUCCUGAUGGGACAUUGAGGCUUGCCAACGUGACCAAGUCUGAUGCCGGCAGCUAUACCUGCUUCGCUAGGAAUAGAUUUGGCAUGUCAAGUACAACUGGACGACUACUUGUUACUGAUCCAACCAGAAUUACCCAGGGGCCGGUGGACAUGGAGAUUAUUGUGGGCGAGAGCAUCGUGUUACCCUGUCAGGUCGCCAGUGACCCUGUCCUUGACGUUUCCUUCUCCUGGGCCUUCAAUGGACAGCUCAUCGCCAAGGGAGACAGUCACUUUGAGCUUGUGGGAGGGAGAGCAGCAGGGGAUCUGAUGAUCAGAAACAUUCAGCUUUACCAUGCUGGCAAAUAUAUCUGUGUGGUGGACACAGACGUAGAGAGCCUGUCAGCAGUGGCAGUAUUGAUUGUGAAAGGCCCCCCCAGCCCUCCGGAUGCGGUGAAAGUCGAGGAGGUGACAGACAGCACAGCCCAGCUGGCCUGGAGCCCCGGCAGAGACAACGGCAGCCCCAUCACCAACUACCUCAUCCAAACCAGGAACCCCUUCACUGUCGGCUGGCAGAGGGUGAACACAGUCCCUGAGGUGAUUGAUGGGAACACGCUGACAGCCACUGUAGUGGACCUCAAUGCCUGGGUGGAGUAUGAAUUUCGGGUGCUGGCUAGAAACAGCGUCGGAGUGGGAGAACCCAGCCCCAUUUCACUCAAGACCCGGACAGAGGAUGCAGUUCCUGAUGCAGCGCCAGGUGAAGUAGGCGGAGGGGGUGGCAGCCGAUCCGAGUUGGUCAUCACAUGGGAGCCUGUCCCUGAAGAACUGCAGAAUGGUGAGAGCUUUGGUUACAUCAUUGCUUUCCGUGCCUUUGGAGAGGUUACCUGGACCCAUGUGGCCACCUCUGCCCCGGGGGCAUCCCGCUAUGUGUACCGCAACGACAGCAUCGCGCCCUUCUCCCCGUUUCAUGUCAAGGUUGGAACUUACAACAGCAAAGGACAGGGUCCAUUCAGUCCUGUGGUCACUAUCUACUCUGCAGAGAUUGAGCCAAGCGGGAUGCCAGGGGGAGUUUGGGCCAGAAGUGUCUCAGCCUCUGAGAUUGAGGUGAACUGGCAGGCUCUUUCCUUCACCCCUGAAAGAGUUCUGGGCUAUGAGGUGGUGUACUGGGAGGAUGACACUAAACCAGAGACAAUGGGGAAAGUGAGAGUGCCCGGGAACCAGACUUCGGUCACUGUGAGUGGCCUGACAGGGAACACGCAGUAUUUCCUGACGGUCAGCGCCUUCAACACAGCGGGCACUGGCCCCUUCCUCCCUGCCAUUAACGCCACCACAAAAAAGCCACCACCAGCCCAGCCACCGCUGAAUAUCGAAUGGACCCUAAUUGGCUCUCACCUGUCUCUUUACUGGGAACCUGUGGUGGCAAUGGAAUCAGAGUCAGAGGUGACUGGGUACCAACUGUCAUACAAGAGACAGAGGCACAAAGAGGUAAACACGCUCACAAUAACCAAUUCAACAGCAGAGCUGACCCUCCCUGACGACGACGACUACAUCAUCCACAUCCAGUCGCUGAGUGAAGGAGGGCUGGGUCCAGCCUCCGAUCCCAUAAGAAUUCACCAACUAAGUAUGAGUGCCCGAGGCUCGACGGCCUGGAGUCUGGACGUCUCUCCCCUCUCUCUGCUCCUCACCACCGCAAUAUCAACAUUCAGGUCAACUUCAUGA